CCAUCAUUCCUUUAGGGUAAAUAGUUCCUCCUCCAUUCGAGAGAAGUAGAAGUAGUUCGAAAGUCUCUCCCAACCCUCACCUUCACCUUCACCUUCACCUUCUUCUUCGUUGUUUAAUUGUCGAGAGCAGAGGAAGGAAUCUGCAGGCCGAGAAAAAUGUUGUUCUUCUCGUACUUCAAGGAUUUGGUGGGACAAGAAGUGACGGUUGAGCUGAAGAACGAUUUAGCAAUCAGAGGGACACUUCAUUCUGUGGAUCAGUACCUUAAUAUCAAGCUCGAGAACACUCGUGUUGUUGAUCAGGACAAGUACCCUCACAUGCUGUCGGUGAGAAACUGUUUCAUCAGAGGAUCAGUGGUGAGGUACGUGCAGCUACCUCCUGAUGGAGUCGAUGUUGAUUUACUUCACGAUGCAGCUAGAAGAGAGGCCAGAGGUGGAUGAUUUUCGCAAAAAACCUACCGUUGUAUCUCUAAACUUUUAUUAAUCUGUUGAUCAACAAGACUCGAAACUUUUUUCUUUUUUUCAUGUAAUGGCUUGAUGUUGAAUGAACCUAGUUCCAUUCUCUUUAUCAAAGGAUUAUCUGUUCUCUUUUA